AUGAUCAUCUCAAAUGUCUCUGUCUUCAUGCCUUCAGUCCUAACUCUCAUCGGGAUCCCAGGCCUGGAGUCAAUUCAGCACUGGAUUGGGAUUCCAUUCUGUGUCAUGUAUCUCAUUGCUGUGACUGGGAAUUCUGCACUUUUAGCUAUAAUCAGGUAUGAAAGGAGCCUCCAUAAACCCAUGUAUGUUUUUUUGGCCCUGUUGGGGGCCACAGACAUUGCACUUAGCACCUGUAUUCUUCCUAAAAUGUUAGGCAUUUUCUGGUUUCACUUAUCCAAGAUUUCUUUUGAUGCCUGUCUGCUACAAAUGUGGCUUAUUCAUUCAUUCCAGGCCGUUGAAUCAGGUGUCUUACUGGCAAUGGCCCUGGAUCGUUAUAUAGCCAUCUGUUACCCCUUGAGACAUGCCACUGUGUUCUCCCAACAACUUUUGAUUCAAAUUGGAGUUGGAGUGAUACUGAGGGCUGCCUUUCUUACAAUACCAUCCAUCAUGCUUAUCAAAUGCCGACUUAAGCUCUACCGAACUACAGUCAUCUCCCAUUCUUACUGUGAGCAUAUGGCCCUUGUGAAGUUGGCAGUUGAAGAUAUCCGAAUCAACAAGAUAUAUGGUCUCUUUGUAGCCUUCGCCAUCUUAGGGUUUGACAUAAUCUUUAUUACCUUGUCUUAUGUUCUCAUCUUUAUCACAGUCUUCCAGCUGCCUCAGAGAGAGGCAAGAUUGAAGGCCUUUAAUACAUGCAUUGCCCACAUAUGUGUAUUCCUCCAAUUCUACCUCCUAGCCUUCUUUUCUUUCUUCACUCAUAGGUUUGGUUCUCACAUACCACCAUAUGUUCACAUUCUCUUGUCAAACCUUUACCUGUUAGCCCCACCUUCUCUUAACCCUAUUGUCUAUGGAGUGAAGACCAAACAAAUUCGGGAUCAUGUUGUAAAAUUGCUUUCUGCGAGAAAUCUUGAUCAGAAGUAG